AUAUUCAGCCCCAUUAUGGCUCUCACUGGAAAUUCCAGUCCAAAUAACAGGGAAUUUAAAGUCCCCAACCUGCCAACCAGCAGUGUGUGUGAUGGCAUUAUGACAACAAGAACAACAAACAUCCUCAGGCAAGCGACACGACCAGCAGGUAUGGACUUCAGCGGCACUUGGAAGGUUUAUUCUGAGGAAAACCUUGAGGAUUUCCUUAAAGUAGUCGGUGCACCUCAAAUGAUUGUCAAAAUGCGAAAGGAGGUCAAACCGGUGCUGGUGAUUGAGCAGAACGGCAAAGACUUCACCUACACAAUGAAGACUCCCGUCUGCACCAAAGUCCACUCGUUCAGCAUCGGAAAGGAGUCGGAGAUCACUGCUGUGGAUGGCAGGAAGUUCAAGUGCACCGUCAGAGAGGAGAAUGGGAAGCUGAUUGCUGUGACCGACAAGUUCACCUCUGUCCGAGAGAUCCAAGGGGACGAGAUGGUCGAGACUGUCACUGCUGGCGCUGUGACUUUCAUCAGCAGAAGCAAACGAGUUUGAUCCUGGCAGCCACUGGAUUCCUCUUAAAGCUGCAGGAGGUAGGUUUUGUAAAAAAAUAUAACUGUUGUCACACUUGCUGAAACUUUUUCUACAUACCGACAGAAGUUCAAGAGAGUGAUAAUCUGUGAAGGAAUCAGGUUCUUCUGGGUUCUUCUGGGUUCUUCCUGUGCUUGGUUGUUUUCAAUCAGGUCCAGUGGAUUCUUUUUGUUUCAGCAAAUAUGACAAAAUGUUGAUUUUUAUAAAAGUUACCUACUGCAGCUUUAAACCUUCUCAGCUUCAAGAUGGAAAUAACACAAUAAAAAACACUUAAUAUAUUUCUGAAUAAAUUUUAAUGAUUAAAUAAA